CUGACCUUUUAAUUUUCCUAGCUCCUCCCAUCGUUCUGCAACUUAUAAUCUCAUGUCUUCCUUACAAAUCUCUGCGUCAUUUUGUUCCUUUUCUUCUUCUUCUUCUUCUGUCAAGAAAGUUAACGCCGCCAUUAAUGUCCCUAAGCUCCCACGAGUUCAUUUCUCGCAUCCAAAAAUGCACUCAACCAGCACUACAAAGCUGGUUCGGGAACUGCAUGGAUCCAUAGACGCAACAGUCCCAUCACAACUAGAUGUCACCUCCACAUCUACACAAAUAUACGAUGAUCCCUACAAAGCUAAUAUUCAACUGCAUGCAAUUUUAGAGGCCGUGUCUGACAGAAUUGAAAUGCACAACAACAUGGGAGAGCAACGAAACAACUGGAACACACUUCUUUUGAACUCCAUCAAUAUGAUGACCCUCACUGCCACAACCAUGGUUGGUCUCAACACUGCCAUUGACAACUCUGCUCUCAAAUUAUCCUCCACUCUCUUGUUCACUGCAGCCACGGGCAUGCUUCUCAUCAUGAACAAGAUUCAACCCUCACAGCUCACCGAGGAACAACGAAAUGCGACUAGAUUGUUCAAGCAGCUUCACAAUGAAAUCCAAACCACGUUAGCUGUUGGAAAUCCUACUGAGGAAGACGUCAAGAAUGCCAUGGAGAAGGUUUUGGCUCUUGACAAGGCUUACCCACUUCCUCUCUUGGGAGCUAUGCUCGAAAAAUUCCCUUCGAAGUUCGAGCCUGCUGUCUGGUGGCCUCAAACUAAAACUAAUGAAGUCGUUAAAUCCCAGACCAAAAUGAAUAUUAAUGGAUGGAGUCCAGAACUAGAAACGGAAAUGAGGCAGAUAGUUGAAGUGAUGAAGAGAAAAGACGUGGAAGAGUAUGAGAGGCUAGGAAACUUGGUUCUCAAGUUCAACAAAACCUUGGCCGUAUCAGGUCCUUUACUCACUGGGAUUGCAGCUUUAGGUUCUGCUUUAGUGAGCCAUGGCUCGUCCUGGCCAGGCAUUGUGGCGGCCAUGGCUGGGUCGUUGGCGGCUUCAAUGAAUGCAUUGGAACAUGGAGGCCAAGUGGGGAUGGUGUUUGAGAUGUACAGAAACUGUGGUGGAUUCUUCAAGUUGCUACAAGACACCAUUGAUACCACACUGGAAGAGAAAGACUACGAGAAAAGAGAGAAUGGCGAGAUUUUUGAGAUGAAAAUGGCGAUGAAAUUGGGAAGAAGCGUUUCGCAGCUCAGACAACUUGCCUCCAAAUCUUCUGCCUAUGACUCAGAAGGAAUUACCUUGGAUGAAUUUGCCAGCAAGCUCUUUUGAGAAUAGUACAAAUUUUUUCUUUAUUUUAUUUGAUUUAUUAAACUUCAUCCUGCUGGAUAAAAACAUUAUUUUAUUCUUUAUUGUAUUUAGCCUUCUGAGUAAUUAGGAAAUAUAUGUAGUUGGAGAAGAACAGAUGUUUGUGUAA